ACCGGUUCGGACAAGUUUGCGUCUCUGUCGCGCUCGCGAUCGCUCUCUGUCGGUAGUGGUGGUGGUGUUGUUAUUGUUUUUGUGAUUGCGCUUUGUGAUUGACCAUUUCGUGCCCCACGGAAGAAGCGAAGAAAGCGACAUCGUGAGCAUCGGAGAAGAAAGAUCGCCGAAUCGGUCGGUGGCUAGCAAACGAGCGAGAUAGCUUGGCGCGAUAAUAUUCAAGGUGAUAUCUCAUGCGCGCAGGUACCCAAGCCUCCAAGCUCCAGUGGCGGUCCCACACCGCUUCAACAGCAGGAGUGGUGCGUCACCCCGUGAAGGUGCUGCUGGGAACUUUUAAAAACAUGCGUUUGACACACACCUCCUCAGUCGAAUAAGCAAAGCUCGGUGAGACAGUUCGUGCGCGGCGCGCUAGUGCAACCGUUUUUGUAGUGCGUGCUCGGCAAGACGCGCACCGGGGAUUGUCCCGCAUCGCUUCAUGUGUGUGUGUGCGUGUGUGUAUGUGUGAAGUGGCCAAACAGAUCGUAACGACGUUUUAACGUGUACAGCAAUUAGCUUCAACUACAGACACGUCCGUCCGGACGAAUUCAUAUACGUCGCGUCAUAUUACUGUAGUGUCUCUACAGGUACGCUGCUGUAGGAACCGGUGUUAGUGCCUAGUGAUCGCACCAAUCCAUACGAAGGUGUGUCAUUUUUUCCCAGGGGAGGUGGAAUUACUAACACACACACAGCGGGGGAGAGUGAGAGAGAUAGAUCACCUCUCGCACACAGAAACGCGGAAAGACCAUCCCGCGAAGGUGCGACUGUGUUGUUAUAAAAGUGGCUGACCUGCACGACAGCGUGCUCACAGUGACCGGAAGCACAUUAGCCAGCGAAUCUACAAGAGUACCCACCAGCAGUACGUGAAGAUUCGUGUCAACAUGCAAUCAACCGGCGUGGUAGGAGUGACGACAGUGUCGUUGCUGAUUGUCGCGUUCUGUCAAAUUGUAGUCGCACAGUUCCACCAGUGCACUGGCAGUGAGACCUGCAUCAACAUCAAGGAGUGUCCACGGUUCGGUCCACACUACCACGAGCCCGCCAAAUGGUCCGAUAGCUUGCGGCAAGAAUUCCGGUCGAAGGUGUGCAAGCGUGAGCAGAGCAAUGGCAAGAAUCUGUACAAGGUGUGCUGCAAACGGGCAGCCACGGGCAACAAGAACAACCGUGAGCGCGGACUGGCCACGCUCGAUCUGGAGGGGUGCGGUGCGUACUCGGAGGAUCGGAUCGCGUUCGGCCAGGACGCCAAGCUGUUCCAGUAUCCCUGGAUGGCGUUGCUGAAACAAAGGGCCGGCAACUUCGUCUGUGGCGGUACACUGAUCAACGAACGCUACGUCCUGACCGCUGCCCACUGCAUCAAGAACAACGAUAUCACCACAGUUCGGUUGGGUGAGUUCGAUCUGAGCACCUCAAUUGACUGUGACAAGCGGGGGGAGCAGUGUGCCCCGUCACCCCAGGACAUUUUCGCCGAGCAGACGAUCGUGCACGAAGCGUACAGUGCGCGGCGUAAGGAGAACGACAUUGGGCUGGUUCGGUUGGCAAAAGAGGCGGAGUACAAUGACAAUGUGCUGCCAAUCUGUCUGCCCGUGACGCCGGCAAUGCGCACCACGCAGACGAUCUACUUCGUGGCCGGCUGGGGCGCGACGGAGUCGGCCCCCUCCUCAAACCGGCUCCAGUUUACCAAGCUCAGCCUGCUGCCUAAUGAUCAGUGUGUGCAGAAGCUGCUUCGAGUGGACUCGUUCGCCAAGAUCAACAACGAUCAGAUGUGUGCGGUCGGGACCAAUCUGACCGACAACUGUACCGGCGAUUCGGGCGGUCCGCUCAAAACGAUCAGUAUAAACGCACGCUACGUUCAGUACGGUGUGGUGUCGUACGGGCUGCGCACUUGCGGCAAGCAGAGUGCACCGGGCGUGUACACGCGCGUCGAGAACUAUGUCGAUUGGAUACUGGAGCACCUGGAAAAGCGAGCUCAUAGUGACCUGAAGCACAUCAUUCUGUGCUCGGAUGUGCUCGAAAACAGUAACCUCAGUUUUACUGGGUUAUAUGUCGUGAAGUUUCGUGUCAACAUGCAACAUACCAUGGUAGGAAUGGCGACGGUGUUGUUACUAAUCGUCGCGUUCUGUCAAAUUGUAGUCGCACAGUUCCACCAGUGCACUGGCGGCGAGACCUGUAUCAGCAUCAACGAGUGUCCACUGUUCGGUCCACACUACCACGAACCCUCCAAAUGGUCCGAGGGGUUAUUGAAUGAAUUCCGGUCGAAGGUGUGCAAGCGUAAGCAGAGCAACGGCAGGAAUCUGUACAAGGUAUGCUGCAACCGGGCAGCCACAGACAACAAGAACAACCGUGAGCGCGGACUGGCCACGCUCGAUCUGGAGGAGUGCGGCGCGUACUCUGCCGACCGAAUGGCGUACGGUCAGGAGGCUAGGCUGUUCGAGUUUCCCUGGAUGGCGCUGCUAAUGCCCAGCUCGGGUAAAUUUGUCUGUGGCGGUACGCUGAUCAACAGGCGCUACGUACUGACCGCUGCCCACUGUCUCAAGAAAACACAUGUCACCACGGUACGAUUGGGCGAGUUCGAUCUAAGCACACCGAUCGACUAUAACAAGCGGGGGGAUCAGCAUGCCCCGCCGCCCCAGGACAUUGUCAUUGAGCAGACAAUCGUGCACGAAGCGUACAAUGGGCGGCUAAAGGUGAACGACAUUGGGUUGAUACGGCUGGCCGAGGAAGCAGCCUACAAUGACAAUGUGGCGCCGAUCUGUCUGCCCGUGUCGCCAGCAAUGCGCACCACGCAGACGACCUACUUCGUGGCCGGCUGGGGCGCGACGGAGUCGGCCUUCUACUCGAACCGUCUGCUGUUUGGUAAGGUCACCCUGCUGCCCAAUGAUCAGUGUGUGCAACAGCUACAACGGCUGGACUCGUUCGCCAAGAUCAACAACGAGCAGAUGUGUGCGAUCGGAGCCAAUCUGACCGACAACUGUACCGGCGAUUCGGGCGGUCCGCUCAAAACGAUCAGUAUAAACGCACGCUACGUUCAGUACGGUGUGGUGUCGUACGGGCUGCGCACUUGCGGCAAGCAGAGUGCACCGGGCGUGUAUACGCGGGUCGAGAACUAUGUCGAUUGGAUACUGGACCAUCUGGAAGAGUGAGAUAGUGUCAAUAGGAGGCUCACAGACAGGCUCGAAUUGAUUCAUUUUCAAAGGGGCUCGUGGCCACCAUGGCGCCA